AGUCCCAUGAUUUUCAACCUUCUCUCUCUCCACAAACAAACCCCCCUUCUCUCUCUCUCUCAAAAUCUCAACAACCAAUUCUAAUUCUCUGCCUUCUCUCUCUCUCUCUCUCUCUCUCUAGAAUGGAGGAUGAACAGGAGACGUCGUACCUUAGGCACAGGCGAAAGAAGUCGUCGAUGAGUCUCUCGUGCUGCUUCCACGGCCCUAGCCGCCGCUGCGACUCCUCCGACUCCUCCUCUUCUUCGAGCCCGAUGAUGUCGCCGGCGUCGUCAUGGUUCAGGUCGAAGGGCCACCACGAGCUGCCGGAGGUGAAGGGCAAGUCCCGCAAUUUGAUGUCUCGUAUGGGCGGCCGCCACGCCCGCCGCCACUCCGGUGAUUUCAGCUACGACCCUCUCAGCUACGCCCUCAACUUCGACACCUCCUCCGACACCCACUUCGACGACUUCACCGCCCGGCUGCCGGUGUCUCCGCCGCGCCGGAGGCCGUCCUUGUCGACGCAGAUUAGGAACCUCGAGUUGCCGUCGCCACGGAAGUUAGCCGCGGCGCCGAAAGCAAAGGCCACUGAGUUGCCGUCGCCACGGAAGUCAGCCGCCGCGCCGAAAGUAAAGGCCACGGAGAUGCCGUCUCCUUCUCCGGCUGCAGCAGGGGGAGGGAGAGGCACGAUUGAGCGGACACAGGCGGUGGCGCGUGAGAUUUCAGUGGAAUACUAAAAUGGUUGGUUCGUUUAUUUAUUUUGUUAUUGUUUACUAUGGGAGGGGGGAGCGUAAUUUUGUUCAUCCAGGGUAUACUCAUUUAGGUUAUCACUAUCUUAUUAAGCAUACAUAGACUCUUGACAAAUUAAUCUGAAUAAGAUGAACUGUUUCAAACAUCGAAGCAUAACCUGAUAUGAGCAUCCUCCCGUCAGGGGUGAACAAUUGAACUCGGGAGUGGGGAAUUGUUUCUGGUUUGAGAUAGGAGAAACUUUUGACUUCUUUUUUUUUUUUUUGAAAAAAUAAAAAAGUUUUUCGCAAGUGUAAAAAGUGGAUCAUAUUUAUUGUUUUAUUUCAUAUACGUAGCUGUUUGUUUUUUACAUUUUUGUAGGCCUGGGUCAAAAAUAACUUGCCACAAGGAUUCAAGGGAAAAGAAAGGAAUGGGCUCUUUCCAAUCCCUUUGUCCACUACAUCCGAUUUGCGAGGCCUCCUUUAUGGGCGUUUAAGGAUAGGAAUCGUUACAAUCAUCAAAGUGAGCUUAGAAAAGAUCCACGGUUGUCAAAUCUGUAAACGCUCGGUUGAAUGAUUUUUGUCACAAGUAAGCUAGUCAGAUUGUAAAAUCAGUUAAUAAAAACCUCGCAAUUUGAAACACAAUAUGCAGAAUGAACAUGAAAGCAACAACUCGUGCGACAGAAAAAGUUUGCAAGUUUUGAGGUUGUAAAGAACUAUCGCUCUCAAGUCUUUUAAGUAGAAAUGUCUCAGAGCAAUGCAAAAGAGCGUAUCGGGCAUGACCAAACAGGGUGUGCGAAGCCAUCUACAUUUCAAGGGCGGGUUCAUGUAUGAGAGUCUCUUCAUGAUUUCACGGAGAAAAAAAAAAGGGUGCCUUAUGCAGGUUUGUCCAAGUAGAGCAAAAGACAGAUUGUAACUACGAAAUAUAUUCACAUACAACAAGCUCGACGCUAAACUACUUCCAGAUUACAAGAAACAAUUACAAUAACUAUAAGAACCUAUAAGUGGAACCAUGAAAAGAGAGACUAUUACACUAACCCACCCCCGUCACUUCACGGUUUUAUUUACAUAGUAUGUGAUAGUGUAAAAAAAAUAUUGACCAUUAAGACUCAGUUUUGGUCAUAUAUCCUUCAAAUUGAACUUGCAAAUAAAGUCCUCUGCACGUACCUUCAAUGUGGCAUAAUCGAUUGUCCUAUCUUCAUCACCACUGCAUACCUCAGGUUAGCCCAAUUGAUCGCUGUAGUGUUCGGAACCAACAAUAUUGUGUCCUAAUCAUUAUAUGUACUGAGCC